AUGGCUGAAGCUUCCAAGUCCCCAUCUCCUCCACCUGAGGUUGAGCCCCUUCUUUCGCAAUCGAACUCCGGUUCGCAAGGCCAGCUAAAUGCUGCGGUUGAUGAUCUGCUUAACGAACUCCAAAGCAAAUUUGAGAAUGUAUCCACAGAGCUGUUUGGGAAGUUGGACGACAUGACCAAGCGUCUUGAUGACCUGGAGGCUUCUUUGGCUGCAUCAAACUCCACCACUGCAAGCCCGUCGAAAUGA